AUGUUUUUCACCACUUCCUUAUUUAUCACACUCACUUACUUUAUUCUACCAGUCAUCCUACUUCCUUCUCAACACCCUACUCUGUCUAACAACCCUACUCCGAACCAAUGUAAGAUAGAGUAUACAAGUGGAUCAUCUUGUAAUGGAUUACCUUGUAGUGGACCUUGUUAUAGUAAUCGAUCAAAGAAGUCCAAGGUUUUAACUUCAACUGGUGUUGAUUGUCGAUUAUCCAAUGAUACUUCACCAUGUAACAACAUCACCUGUAUCAAUUCAUUAAAGAAAAUCGAGUGUGUUUCGUACAAAAGAAUUGCUCAAGAACAUUACAAUUGUAUGGACACCUUCUCCAACGCCUAUACUUGUAGUAACGUAUUCCAUAUAAUGGUCUGUGACAGCUGUGCGCUGAACCUUCCCAGCUAA